CAUUGGUGGGGAGCGAGCUUUAAGCAGCUGGAGAGAUGAGUGGGGAGACCGGUUCGUCUGUGCAAAUUGCAAAACGAACGACCACCAUCUAGGAGUGACGACAAUCGCAGAACCAGUCAACCAACAACCCAACUUACUGCUGCUGCCGCAGAUGGAAGAAGUUUCUUUAAAUAGUGAGCCAAUGUUUGAUGAAUGUGAUGAGUUUGAUGUUGAGAACUCUUCUGCAUCAGAGCAUGAUCAUGAGUCUUUGGACUCAAGAUCAAAGAACCAUCCACCUCCAACUGUGGGCCUGGAGUUUGAUUCUUUUGAAGAAGCUUACAACUUUUACAAUGUUUAUGCUAAAGAACAAGGUUUUGGCAUUAGAGUGAGCAACUCAUGGUUUAGAUCAAGGAGGAAGGAGCGGUAUAGGGCAAAACUCAGCUGCAGUAAUGCUGGUUUCAAGAAAAAGAGUGAAGCCCAUAAUCCAAGACCAGAGACAAGAACUGGUUGCCCUGCAAUGAUAGUCAUUAGGAUGGUGGAUGGCCAAAUAUGGAGGAUAGUGGAAGUUAAACUGCAACACAACCAUCAAGUGAAUCCUGGAAUUAAACGGUUCUAUAAGUCCCAUAAGAAAAUGAUACUUGCAGCCAGAGAAGCACAACCACCACCAGAUCCUAUUACAGAAACACAUACCAUUAAAUUGUAUCGAACAGCUCUCAUGGAUGCUGGUUAUAAUGGGUUCUCCAAUUUUGUUGAAGGACAGGGGACCAGCUUUGAUAAUUUGAAAUAUUUGGAACUUAAAGAAGGGGAUGGCCAUACUAUUUAUAAUUAUUUUUGCCGAAUGAAAUUGACAAACCCGAAUUCCUUUUACUUAUUCGAUAUUGAUGAUGAUGGGCAGCUAAGAAAUGUGUUUUGGGUUGAUGCCAGGUCGAGGGUAUGUUACAGUUACUUUAAUGACACUGUUAUUAUAGAUACAACUUGUUUGGCAAACAAAUAUGAGAUCCCUCUGAUAUCAUUUGUUGGUGUAAACAACCAUGGACAGUCGGUGCUACUGGGCUGUGGCUUCCUUGGGUAUGAAAAAGUUGAUAAUUUUGUUUGGAUAUUUAAUGCAUGGCUAAAAUGUAUGCUUGGUUGCCCACCACAUGUUGUUAUUACUGAUCAGUGCGAGCGCUUGCAAACUGCAGUUGCUCAGGUUUUUCCUCAUGCUCAUCAUUGUUAUUCUUUGCAGUAUAUCAUGCAGAGAGUUCCAGAAAAGUUGGGAGGGUUGAAGGGAUAUGAAACAAUCAAAAGGCAAUUGAACAGAGCAGUUUAUGAGUCCCUAAAGAUAGUCGAGUUUGAAAAUUAUUGGGCUGAUAUGAUCAAGCAGCAUGGAUUGGGAGAUAACAAAUGGCUUCAAAGAUUGUAUGACGAUAGGCACCUGUGGGUUCCGGUUUACAUCAAGGACACUUUUUUGGCAGGAAUGGUCCCUACAAAAGAGAAUGAGGGCCUGAUUGCCUAUUUUGACGGAUAUGUACACAAGCAUACAUCCUUCAAGGAAUUUAUUGACAAGUAUGACUUAGCUUUACAUAGGAAGAACUUGAAAGAAGCCAUGGCAGAGUUGGAGUCAAGGAAAUCAAGUGUUGUAUUGACUACAAGAUGUAAUUUUGAACUGCAGCUAUCCAAGUUGUACACAGAAGAAAUCUUUAAAAAGUUCCAGUCUGAGGUUGAGGGUAUGUACUCCUGCUUCAAUACAAGACAGGUAAAUGCUAAUGGAUCUAUAAUAACAUAUAUAGUGAUAGAACGAGUUGAAAAUGGGGGAAAUGAGAAGGAGGUUAAGAAAUUUGAAGUCUUAUAUGAGACAAAUGAAGUAGACAUACGGUGUAUCUGCGGCUUGUUCAAUUUCAAAGGUUAUCUAUGUAGGCAUGCACUGAAUGUUCUGAAUUAUAAUGGUGUGGAGGAAGUCCCAUCUCGGUACAUUCUGGAACGAUGGAAGAAAGAUUUCAAACAACGGUUUAUUGGAGACCAUGUCUUUGGUGACGCUGAUACAUACAACGCCGUUGUCUGGCAUAAACAACUAUUUUAUAAUGCUCUUCCAUUGCUAGAAGAAGGGGCUCAGUCCCAAGAGCAUUACAUGAUUGCUUUACUAGAACUGGAACAGUUGUUAAACAAGUUUGAUCUAUUGGAAGAUAACUCAUUGUAACAAUCUACACAAGGUUCUCAAUCUAAUUAUGCUACUUCGACUCU